CAAACCUAAAUCCCACAAGUUUGGACAGUCGGCACUCUGCAAGGCUCCACCGGAUUCCCUCUCACUGUCAUCGCCAUCCUUUCCUCUCCAUCAGCCUCUCUCUGAGUCUUGCUUCUGCACCGUCGCAUCUGCACAGAAUCUAUCGGCCCUCAAGCUAGCCCCUGCUCCGCAAUCUCGCGGCCUGCCACUCAAUCUCGCCGCUGCUCGUUCACGCGUUGCCGCUUCUAACAGGAUCAUCCAAACUGUCUGCACUAAACCUUUUUUUUUUCUUUUCAAAGAAAACUGCACUAAACUUAGACUGGCCUACCCCUAUCUAUUCACUUUUCCCAACCGCAUCAGCUUCACUUUGAUUGCAAUUGCUCAUUCUUCUUAUCAGUAAUAGGAAGAUGGCUAGACAAGCUAAUAAUACCCUUUUCCUUGAAGAAUGGUUAAGGAGCAAUAGUGGAAGUACUUCUUGCAGUACCAGUAUCACCACAAGCCACUCUUCUUCUUUGUCUGCUCGGGCCAUCAUUCAAGCGUGGUCUGAGCUCAGAGACUCUCUUCAACAUCAAUCAUUCCUACCCAAUUAUCUUCAAGCUCUCAAAAUCCUUCUUCACUCUCAAACUUCCCUUCAUGUUGCUGACCCCCAAGCCAAGCUUCUCCUUUCCAUUUUAUCUUCUCAAAAUCUCUUGCUUCCUGUUGAAGCAUAUCCUUUGUUGUUGAGGCUUCUUUAUAUCUGGGUUAGGAAAUCGUUCAGACCCUCUUCAGUAGUUGUUGAUUCAGCAGUAGAGGUAUUAACUAAGGUUUUAGAUAGCAACUUUGAUGCUACGAGAAGCCCUGAGUUAUUUGCUGAAGGCGUUCUCCUUCUGGGUGCUUUUGCCUUUGUACCUUCUGCAUCAGAAUCCUCUAAGACAAUUUGCUUGGAGUUGCUUUGUAGACUGUUGGACAAAGAGUACAAGCUUAUUAGCUCAAUUCAUGAACUUAUUCCAGAUGUUCUUGCAGGGAUUGGUUAUGCUUUAUGUUCUUCUGUGAAUGCUUAUUACAUCAGGAUUUUGGAUGCACUAUUGGGAAUUUGGGGGAAGGAUGAUGGGCCACAAGGUAAUGUUUCUCAUGGGCUCAUGAUUUUGCAUUUGUUUGAUUGGAUUAUGUUUGGGUUCAUCAAAUCACAUUCAAAUGAGAAAUUGCAAAAGUUCUGUGAAGAGAUUUUAGAGACUCCAAAUCCAAAAUAUGUUCCUUUUGCUCUAGUCAUGGCCACAGCUGGUGCUCUAAGAGCUUUGAAUAGAUCAAUAUCAAGUGGCCACGACCUGCAGAUUAUUUCACGAUUAAGGAUUUCUGCAGAAAAUAGAAUAGAAUUUGUGGCGCAGGAUUUGAUUGCUAGCACAGGAGACUUUUCUGGUAUAGGAAAUGACGGCAAAACUAGUUUUCUACUACAAUGCAUUUCAUUAGCUUUGGCUCGAUGCGGAUCAGUGUCUUCCCGAGCUCCUCUGCUUAUAUCUCUUGCUUCAGCAUUGCUAGUGGAAGUAUUUCCCUUACAGCGUUUAUAUGCAAGAAUUCUUGAGUUAGCACAUGGCAAUUAUUCUAAAAUGAAUCCUAGUGAGGUAAAAGAACAUCUGGAUAGUGUUCCUUUUAAGGAAGCAGGGGCCAUAAGUGGUGUUUUCUGCAAUCAAUAUGUUUCUGCAGAUGAAGAGAACAAAGUGAUGGUGGAAAAUAUGAUAUGGCAUUUCUGCCAAGAUCUAUACUUGAGGCAUCGACAGGUGGCCUUGGUUCUUCGCGGCAAAGAGGAUGAAUUACUUAGCGAUAUUGAAAAAAUUGCUGAGUCUGCCUUUCUUAUGGUUGUGGUUUUUGCAUUGGCUGUUACGAAGCACAAGCUAAAUCCAAAAUUCUCCCCUGAAUCUCAGAUGGAGACAUCUGUUUCAAUUCUAGUUUCAUUCUCAUGUGUCGAGUAUUUUCGCCGGAUGCGAUUGCCAGAGUAUGUGGAAACAAUAAGGAGUGUGGUUGUGAGUGUACAGGAGAAUGAGAAUGCAUGCAACUCAUUUGUAGAAUCUAUGCCCUCUUAUGCUGAUUUGACAAAUCCUCAAGAACUGCUGACGAAAGUGGAAUAUAGAUGGUUCAAUGAUGAAGUGCAAACCGCCCGUAUUUUAUUUUACUUGCGGGUUAUUCCAACGUGUAUUGAACAAUUGCAUGGUCCAGUAUUUAGCAAGGUGGUAGCUCCAACUAUGUUCCUUAUAAUCAGAUAUAUGGGACAUCCAACCAGAAAAGUAGCUCAAGCUUCCCAUUCUUUAUUUGUGGCAUUUAUAUCUUCAAGGAAGGAUUCUAAUGAGAAUGAAAGAGCAUUAUUGAAGGAGCAACUAGCUUUCUAUUACCUGCAGAGAUCUUUAGAGGGAUAUCCUGGUAUUACUCCUUUUGAUGGUAUGGCUUCGGGAGUUACUGCAUUAGUUCGAAAUCUUCCUGCUGGAAGUCCAGCCACAUUUUAUUGUGUCCAUAAUCUUGUUGAAAAGGUGAACAUUCUCUGCAGUGAUGUUUCCACUAAGGAUACUGAUAUGUGGAAAAACUGGCAUGGAGACUCAGAACCUUGUAAGAAAAUCUUGGAGUUGUUGUUACGGCUUAUUUCGCUAGUUGAUGUACAAGUAUUACCAAACUUAAUGAAGUUGUCAGCACAACUGAUUGUCCAGUUACCUAAGGAUGGCCAGAAUGUUGUUCUCAAUGAGUUAUAUAAUCAGGUUGCUGAAUCUGAUGAUGUUACACGAAAGCCAACAUUAGUUUCAUGGGUGCAGUCAUUAUCUUACCUUUGUUCUGGAACAACAAGUACAACCUUUAGAGGCAAUAAAAGUGAAGAAAGUUCUGCUUUGCCUCUUCCAGAUCCAUCAAACAGGGACAGGAUAGAAGCACGGCUCUAAGUUGUUGAGGUGCACAUUUUGUAUUGCCUUGUGAAUUUUAUUUUUAUAACUUGAAGUCUUGUAGCUGAUGCUGCCUUGCUAGUAAACUUAACUUGAGAAUAAUCUUAGGGAGAAAUCAUGAAAUGAAAACAUUCACAUAAAAUUGGUCUUUGCCUCUAUUUAUUGUUUGUUUCAGUAAUCCAAUCAAUUGGACAAUGUAACUGUUAACUUUCAUUCUUCUUGCUGUAAAAGCUAAUAGAGAAAAGAAAAUUAAUUUUUA